CAGUGAUAGGGGAACUGUACUGUCCGACCAAUAAGGACCCUUCUUUACCAUAGUCUUGCCCUCUGACUGACUGGCACCAGAGGAGGAGGUGAAGGUGAAGGUGCAGGUUGAAUCUCCGUCCUCCACUUGACGCUGUCAUGUGGGAUACGUUUAUUAGAAUCUUUUUUUAAAACUGUGGUUAGACCAAAGAGAAAAACAGUUUGGGCUUAAAGUGAAGCUGGUGAGGCUGAAGUUCUUGUGGAUUCAAGUUAGAAACAGGAAAGACUCAGAGUAAGGGACUGACUCGUCUUCUGAGACCGCUGAGAGUGAGAGCAAAGGUCAAACAGCCUUCAGGAAGGACAGUGUAUUGUAAAGACAAAAUGGCUUCUAAACUCGAAGAGGAUCUCUGCUGUCCUGUGUGCUGUGAUGUCUUCAAGGAUCCUGUCAUUUUGACCUGUGCUCACAGUGCGUGUAAAGCCUGUCUACAGCAGUUUUGGGACACCAAAGGAUCCAGAGCCUGUCCCUGCUGCAGGAGAAAGUGCUCAAAGGACCUCUACCCUCCUAACAUGGCUUUAAGGAAUGUGUGUGAGACCUUCUUACGGGAAAGAAGUCGGAGAGCUUCAGCAGGGUCUGAGGUGCUCUGCAGUCUGCACAGUGAGCCACUCAAGCUCUUCUGUCUGAAGGAUAAACAGCUUUUGUGUUAUCUGUGUAAAGACUCUAAAAACCACACUGGCCAUCAGUGCCAUCGUAUAGAUGAAGCAGCACUUGACCGCAAGGAGGAGCUCAAGAUCAAACUGCAGCCCUUACAGGAGAAACUGAAGACCUUUGAGGAGGCUAAACUCACCUGUGAUAAAACAGAAAAACACAUCAAAACUCAGGCCCUACACACAGAGAGGCAGAUCAAGGAGGAGUUUGAGAAGCUUCACCAGUUUCUACGAGAUGAAGAGGCAGCCAGGUUAGCAGCACUGAAGGAGGAAGAGGAGCACAAGAGUCAAAUUAUGAAGGAGAAGAUUGAGAAGAUCAGCAGAGAGAUGUCAUCUCUGUCAGACACAAUCAGAGCCAUAGAGGAGAAGAUGAGUGCUGAUAACAUCACAUUCCUGCAGGACUACAAGAGCACAGUGGAAAGAGCCCAGUGCACACUGCAGGAUCCAGAGAGGGUUUCAGGAGCUCUGAUCAAUGUGGCAAAACACCUGGGCAACCUGAAGUUCAGAGCCUGGGAGAAGAUGCAGGAGAUAAUUCAAUAUAGUGAGUACACAGUCAAAUGCGCAUACAUACAGUGGGGAAAAUAAGUAUUUGAACCCCUGC